AUUGCGUCAUUGGUUGUCAUAAGGUGACGUCAUAAUCAGGUGCGGUGUAGAAGAGGAACGAAGAUGUUUACAACAGGACCUAAUUAUGGUAAACUGAAAACGAAUUUGCGGUUAACGAUAAACCGUUUGAAAUUAUUAGAGAAAAAGAAAACGGAAUUGACACAAAAGGCACGGAGAGAGAUUGCGGAUUAUAUAGCAAAUGGGAAAUUGGAAAGAGCGAAAAUACGCGUCGAGCACAUCAUUAGAGAGGAUUAUUUAGUAGAAGCUAUGGAAAUCGUCGAGAUGUAUUGCGAUCUCAUUUUGGCCAGAUUUGGACUUAUUCAACAGAUGAAAACUUUAGAUGAAGGAUUAGCUGAAGCAAUUUCAAGUAUUAUAUGGGCAACUCCAAGACUUCAAGCAGAUGUAGCAGAAUUAAAAAUGAUUGCAGAUCAGUUAACAUCCAAAUAUGGAAAACCUUAUGCUCAAGCUGCUCGAGAAAAUGCUUUGAAAACUGUCAAUGAUAAACUUAUCCAUAAACUUAGUGUUCAAGCUCCAUCAAAAAUAUUAGUCGAGAAAUAUUUGAUUGAAAUUGCUAAAAGUCAUAAUGUACAGUAUGAACCUGAUCCAGAUGUUAUGAAAGAAGAUGAGCUUAUGAAUGCUGAAGUUGAACCAGCUGAUACACUUAUAGAUUUUGAAGAUAAAACAAAUCAAGUUCCACCUUUACCAGGAUUUAUAGGUGCUGGUGGUUUUAUCAGACCUCCAAUGCCAACUCAACCUUUUAAUUAUCCUUCUGUAAGCGAUAAUUCAGACGACCGUCCACCUUUGCCUUCUGUACCUCCAAGCGGGCCUUACAGAUCUGAAAAACCACCAAUAGGUUUUAAUGUUGGAGUAGAAUUUAAUGCACCACCACCAAGUAAUGAUGUAGAAAAUGUACAGCCACUCGAACAACCAUCAGAAACAACUACUGAAGAAAACAAUCCAAUAAUUGAUACAAAACCAACACCGUAUCCUAGAACACAAUUUCCUAGUGAUUUAUUACCAGAAUUACCUUCUGUACCAACUACCAGUUUGGCUGAUCAUACAGUAGGAAGUGAUGGAAAGUCAGAUGAAGUAGAUUUUGAUGACUUAACUAAGAGGUUUGAAGAACUAAAGAAACGCAAGUAAUUAAAUGCAUCACUAUCUUGAAAUGUCACAAUAGAAUUAUGCAGUUUCUACAGCAAGAAUCUAAUCCAAAUUAUUAGAAAUCAAAUAUUAUAAACUGUUAAUAGUUAGUUAGUUCUGUAACAGUUUAAAUAGAAUUUUUUAAAAUGAAAAUAUAAAUUUACUUAUUAUGAUUUAAGAAAAUGGCUUUUUAAGUUUAGAUUUUAUAAAAUGAAAUCUUGAUUUAAGAAUAAACAUUUAUAUUUUUGUGAUAACUAUGUAUUUGCAAUGUUAAGAUUAAUGUUUGUGCAUUUGUCAGUUUUAUUAACAGAAAUAAAUUCAUUUAAACUGUGAAUUUAAUUGGCUGUUUCCAAUAGAGUUUUUGUUACAGCUUUAUGCUUGCUUUAUUGGAAUGUAAAGUGUGAAAUACUUAAAAUUUGAUUGCUUUUGAACCUUGCUGGUUCAUCUUCCCAGUUCAUAAAAUAUUUAAAACACUCAAAAGCACUUGGAUUUUGAGAUUUUUUCCAUUCCAAUAAAAUAGAAGUCUCUUGAAUUUUGAGUUUUGAAGUUUGAGAAUUUCUAAAAAACUAAACACAAGUUUUUCAAUGUUGUUGUUUUGUAUUAUAUUAUACCAUUUAUGUAAGAUGCUAUUUUUUUCAUAAGUGCCUAAUAAUUUUACAUUUUAAAAUUGAAAUUUUUAGAUACAGAAUUCCUAUAUUUGAAGUUAACACACUACAAAUUACAAGAAUUUAAAACUUUAUAAUUUGUAUAUUU